CUUCUAGUAGCAGGUGCAGAAAAAAAUAAAAUAAAAAAUUUCAAUCACCUCAAAAAAUUUUUCUCUUGCACCUGUAUUUCUCCACCCUUGUUUCGCCUGAAAACCAAACCCCAAAAAAAAAAACAAAAAAAACCAUCUCCUAAAACAAAGCUAUAAUCUUUUUAAUUAUUUCGGAGCGGAUAAAUCGCCAUUAAUAUGCCGUCGUUAGAGGACGAGCUUUUCCCGUCGACGCCGGGGAAGUUCAAGAUCGAGAGAUCCCACGCCAUGAACCGCCAGUUCCACCGAUGUUUCGCCUCCACAAGCACCAUGUUCCUCUGGGCUCUCUUCUUAAUCGCCUUGACGGCGUCGUAUUUAAGCUUCCAGAGCUUCGUCGACUCCGGUAGCCGGUACUUCUCCGCCUCCUGGGGCGGCAUCCAGUGGGAGAAGCAGGUCCGCACCUCCGCCCAGAUCCACCGCUCGGGCGGCAUGUCCGUACUGGUGACCGGCGCAGCCGGUUUCGUCGGGACCCACGUCUCCCUCGCCCUAAAGAAGCGCGGUGACGGCGUCGUCGGCCUCGACAACUUCAAUAACUACUACGACCCGUCGCUGAAAAAGGCCCGGAAAUCGAUGCUAAACGGCCACGGGAUCUUCAUCGUAGAAGGCGACAUAAACGACAGCCGUCUUCUCGACAAGCUCUUCGACGUCGUCGCGUUCACACACGUAAUGCACCUCGCCGCUCAGGCCGGCGUCCGAUACGCCAUGGAGAAUCCCCAAUCCUACGUCCACAGCAACAUCGCCGGCCUCGUCUCGCUUCUCGAGGCCUGCAAAAACGCCAACCCCCAGCCCGCCGUCGUUUGGGCCUCGUCCAGCUCCGUCUAUGGAUUAAACGACAAGGUUCCGUUCUCCGAAUCGGACCGGACCGACCAACCGGCUAGCCUCUACGCCGCGACGAAAAAGGCCGGCGAAGAAAUCACCCACACUUACAAUCACAUCUACGGAUUGUCCAUUACAGGGCUCAGAUUCUUCACGGUGUACGGACCUUGGGGAAGACCGGACAUGGCGUAUUUUUCCUUCACCAGAAACAUUCUCCAGGGAAAACCGAUCACGGUUUACCGGGGCAAGAACCGGGUCGAUUUGGCCCGGGAUUUUACUUACAUUGACGAUAUUGUGAAGGGAUGUUUGGGGUCGUUGGACACGGCGGGUAAGAGUACCGGGUCGGGUGGGAAAAAGAAACGACCCGCACCGUACCGGAUCUUUAACUUGGGGAAUACAUCUCCGGUAACUGUACCGACUUUAGUGGAUAUACUGGAGAGGCAUUUGAAGGUGAAGGCGAAGAGGAAUGUUGUGGAUAUGCCCGGAAACGGCGACGUUCCGUUCACACAUGCGAAUAUAACAUCGGCUAGGAGAGAACUCGGGUACAAACCGACAACCGAUUUGCAAACCGGGUUGAAGAAGUUUGUUAGGUGGUACCUUUCUUACUACGGCUACAAUCGCGGUACCAAAAUUGUAAAUUAAAAAUAUUAAUUUUACUUCCUUUUUUUUUUCAUUUUUA